UAGAUUCUUCAGCAGUUUUUCACAAACGAAUUAAGAGAUUAGUUGUGUCCGCAGUGUACUUACACCUAUCAGAUUUGCGCAAAUUAUCUUAAAAAUAAUUAUUAAAUAAAUUUGAUUGAAAAAUAAACAAUAAAAAAACAUGUCAAGUUUACCAAUUCUAUUGAAUCUAAUUGACGAGUUGGAUCGCGAGAACUACAAUCCGCUGUACUACGGCAACGAUUUCGGAUUGGGUUUGCAUCCACACCACAUUCAUCGCCAUCACCAUCAUCGACAUGAGCCAGCUGCUAACGAUCUUGUUGGCUAUUCGCUGCCGCUGGGAUUGCUAAAUCGCUUGGGUGAACGAGCUUUGAGUCGACGGGCGCAGCAGGGAGAAAGCCGUAUGUCUCAAGUGGGCAAAGAUGGCCUACAAGUGUGCAUGGAUGUGGCACAGUUCAAGCCAAGCGAGCUGACUGUGAAAGUAGUUGAUAAUAGCAUUAUUAUCGAGGGCAAACACGAAGAACGUCAGGAUGAACAUGGUUAUAUUUCACGACACUUCGUACGGCGAUAUGCACUGCCGAAGGAAUAUGAUGCCGAUAGAGUCAUUUCAACGCUAUCAUCAGAUGGCGUCCUCACAGUUAGCGCUCCAAAGCCACAAGAAGAAAAGUCCAACGAACGUGUGGUACAAAUUCAACAAACCGGUCCGGCUCAUUUGAAUGUCAAACAAAAUACGGAGGAGAAGAUCGGUGAUGCCAACGGAGACGCCGAGCAGAAGUAAAUGCAAGAUAGCAGACAGUGAUUGCAAAAAAUUGCAUAUACAUUUUAUUCAUUCCAUAUGCACGAAACGCCUUAGUGAUUCGUAAUACUAAUGUAUUUUCGAUAAAUACUACUUGUUUGUGCAGCAAGAAACAAAUUAGAAUAGAAAUUGCGUACCGGCAAAAAUGCACUAAAUUCUCAUUCAUAUUUAUGUAUAUUGAGUAUCCAUGUAAUAUUAUAAGUUUUUGCUGAUUAAUAUAUUCCUAAUAAUUUUAUUUAAAUUAAUAUCGCAAUCAUUCAUUCGCUAAAAAUAAAUACUUUUAGAAUACAUAAA